AUGUCAGUGGUGGAGUUAAAAACCUCCAAUGUGAAGACCAGCGAAUCAGAGAACUCCUUGUACAGAAAGUAUCAGGAGCUGGCCAAUCAGGUGCACGAAAAGGAUGUUGUGAUAAAGAGGCUGGAUACUCAGCUGGAUAAACAGGUCUUAGCCAGGGCUCAGGAGGCCAAGGUGAUCGAGGAGAAGGCUGCCAAGAUUAAAGACUGGGUCACAGUGAAGCUGAGAGAGAUGGAGCAGGAGAACCAGCAGCUGAAGAUGACCAACCUGAAGCAGGCUGAGCAGGUCACGGUGCUGAGGGACAAAGUUCAAGCCCUGCUGGACAGCCCGCGGCCCCUCACCCCCCAUGGUACCGAUGCCCACCUGGUGCCCACCAGUCCUCUGUACCCGCCCCACUCCCCCUGCACGCCCCCGGCCCAGGAGGAGGCCUGGAGGCAGCCCAGCCUCUGCACCCCCACCAGUGGCCCCCCCACCUCCACUGCAGAUGUGAAGUGUCCAGACCAGGGCUCCAGGCCCAGCGCUGAGCGUGCUGACCCCCCAGCCUACAGCUCAGGGUCCCUGUCUGAUCCGCCUCCCCAGGGCCGGGCUAGGGAGGGGCCGGCUAGCCCUGUGGCCCCCGGGGGCCCCGACCUGCCAGGGGCCCCCGCCCCUCCCCCCUCAGGCUCCGACAGAGACCACUCCUCUGAUGAACUCAACAGCAAGUUCCGCUCCCAGCGCCUCCGCUCUUCCUCCUCUUCCUCCUCUUCCUGCUCCUCCUCCUCCUCCUCGGCCUACGAGACACAGGGCCCCAGCACCCCCGACAGCACCCCUACCACCACACCCCGGAGCCCCCUCCUGUCCCGCUCCCCGUCCACCUCCCACCCCUUCCACCCGGGCCCCCAGCCCCUGGCCCUGGCCUCGGGCACCAGCAUGACACUGCCCAAGGCGCGGACCCCCCUCACCCCCAGAGACAGCAUUCAGCUGGUGAAGAAGCACUACAGCCAGCCUCAGCCCAGCCUGGACGGGCUACACCACCUCAACGUCAACAUAGACAUCAUGGCCCCCUCCUCCCCCUCCUCCUCUCCCUCCCCUCUGCGCGGCCCCCCUUCCUCUUGCCCCCCAGCAGCGUCCUGCAGCCAUGUCCUGGAGGAGACGGACAUCGACGGGCCCCCGGAUGGCAUGGAGGGGGUGGUGGAGGGGGCGGGGGUGCUGGCAGUGGCGAGCCCCCAGGAUGGGGUGUCCUUCGUGGGGCUGGCAGAGGAGCUGGAGAUGUUGAAGCCCCCCACCCCCCCCUUGCACCGCUUCCCCUCAUGGGAGAGCCGUAUCUACGCCGUGGCCAAGUCGGGGAUGCGCGUGUCCGAGGCCAGCCCAGGGACGAGAGGCUCCGGAAGAGGGUCCAGCUUGCCCCAGUAUCCAGCCACAGGUCCCCUCACCCAUCUGAUCUACAAGAACAUCAAUGUUCCUGUUUAUACCACACUCAAAGGGAAAGCCACCCAGAUCAGCAGUGUUCCCCUGCCUGACGAGGACUCUGGGUCGGAGGACGACAGUGGCUCCCUGGCCAGCCUGAGGACCUCCACCCUCAGCCCUGAGAGGAAGGGCAGCAUGCCGGGCAGCCCCCGCGCCGCCAAGAGGGGGGUGUCCAUGUCCUCGGUCAGCUCUGAGAGUGACUAUGCCAUCCCUCCGGACGCCUACUCUCUGGACAGCGACUACUCUGAGCCAGAGCACAAAGUCCAGCGCACAUCCUCCUACUCCUGCGAGAGCACGGCCCCUGAGAUGCUGGAGAAGUCGGGCUACCUGCUGAAGAUGGGCAGUCAGGUGAAGGGUUGGAAGCGUCGCUGGUUCGUCCUGAGGAACGGAGAGAUCCUGUACUACAAGUCUCCCAGUGACGUGAUCAGGAAGCCUCAAGGACAGAUGGAGCUGACCUCGUCCUGUUGUAUCGCCCGUGGAGAAGGAGCCCAGACAUUCCAGCUGAUUUCAGAGAAGAAGACCUUCUACCUGACGGCUGAUUCUCCUAACAUCUUGGAGGAGUGGAUCCGGGUUCUCCAGAACAUUCUCAAGGUCCAGGCCAGCAGCCCCGUCGCCAUGGAGACCACGGCCAAGCCGGCUGUGAGAGGCUGGCUGACCAAGGUGAAGCAUGGUCACUCCAAGUUGGUGUGGUGCUCCCUGGUUGGCAGAAUCUUCUACUACUACCGCAACCAGGAAGACAAGUUCCCUCUGGGCCAGCUGCGUGUGCGCGAUGCGGUGGUGGAGGAGGUGGACCGGUCAUGUGACUCUGAUGAGGACUAUGAGGCCGGGGGGCGGGGCUUCCUGUCCUCCCACCGCACCGUGCUGAUCCACCCCCGUGAGCAGAGCCCCACCUACCUGCUGAUCGGCACCAAGCAGGAGAAGGACGCUUGGCUGUACCACCUGACUGUGGCAGCGGGCAGCAGUGCCAGCUUCAAGGUGGGCACGGAGUACGAGAGGCUGGUUGGCAAACUGCUGGACGUAGAGGGAGACCUAGACUCUGCGCUGUGGAGGAGUGAGGCCUUGUGUUUCUGUAAGAAGGGUCUCAGCUCCCCCCUCAGCACCCUCCCCUCUGAGGCCUUGCAGACGGAGGCCCUCAAGCUCUUCAAGUCUUGUCAGCUGUUUAUCAACGUGCUGGUCGAGUCCCCAUCCAUCGACUACCACACCUCGCUGGCCCAGAAUGCCUUGCAGGUGUGCCUGACGCACCCAGAGCUUCAGAAUGAGAUGUACUGUCAGCUGAUCAAACAGACCAAUCGGAGGACGCCGCACAACUACUCCCUCACUCAGUGCUGGCAGCUGCUGUCAGUGUGUGUGGCUCUCUUCCUGCCCCAGCAGCACUUCCUGUGGUACCUGAGACAGUACCUGCAGAGCCACUCUGACCCCAGGACGGAGGAGGGGAAGUACGCGGUGUACUGCCAGAGGUCAGUGGAGCGCACGCUGCAGAACGGAGAGAGGGAGGCCAAGCCCUCGCGCAUGGAGGUCCUGUCCAUCCUGCUGAGGAACCCCUACCACCACUCCCUGCCCUUCAGUAUCCCUGUCCACCUCCUCAACAACACCUACCAGGUGGUGGGCUUCGACGGCUCCACCACGGUGGAGGAGUUCCUCCACACGCUGAACCAGAGGGUGGGCAUGAGGAGGCCCCAGCUGUCUGGCUUCGCCCUCUUCAGCGACGACCCCUCGGGCAGGGACCUGGACCACUGCCUGCUUCCCUCCGCCAAGAUCUGUGAUGUCAUCUCCAAGUGGGAACAGGCCUUGAAAGAACUGCAUCCUGGGAAAUACGAGGGGACACGCAUAGUCCGUCUGACGUAUAAGAGCAGGUUGCGUUUCCGGGCCCAGGCCAAAGGGGAGACGGAGCGUGAGCGCCUCCUGCUGGCGUACCAGGUGAACGGCGAGGUGCAGCACGGCCACUUCCCCGUCAGUAAGGAGCUGGCCCUGGAGGUGGCCGCCCUGCUGGCCCAGGUGGAGCAGGGGGACCUGGAGCGGCCCGGCCCAGCUGCUGCCCCCGGCAGCACCUCCCCCACCCAGACCAAGACCCAGCAGGCCCUGGGGCAGGCCCUGGAGCGCUUCUACCCCAAACACUACAAACAGGACCUGAGCGCGGAGCAGCUCAGAGACCUGUCGGAGCGCCUGGCCGCUAAGUGGACGGUCCUCAGGGGCUGCAGCGCGUCCGAGUGUGUGAGGAUCUACCUGACCGUGGCCAGGAAGUGGCCUCUGUUCGGCGCCAAGCUCUUUAGCGCCGAGCCUGUACCCCCCUCUUCAGUGGAACAGACCCAGGUGUGGCUGGCGGUCAACGAGGAUGGACUGUGUGUGCUGGAUUAUACCAUGCACCUGCUGGUCACCUACUCCUACCAGUCGGUGAUCACCUUUGGCGGUUGCCGUGACGACUUCAUGGUGGUGGUGAGCCAGACCAGGGAGAUGGGAGGCCGGAAGAAGAGUGUGGAGAAGCUUGUGUUUGCUAUGCUGAAACCCAAGAUCCUGGAGCUGACCCUGUUGAUGGCCAGCUACAUCAACCACUGGACCCCCAGUCUGCCCUCCUCUGCCACCCAGCAACAGGGCUCCAGCUCCCCUGCCGGGCCCCGUGGGGACAACAAGCUUUGGGACGUGGACAGCAGACAUUUUCCUUCCAUGAACUACACCACCAAGGGCCCGACACUGCUGUAACCACACACCACGUACACACACAGCAUCGGAACUGUUGGGCAACAGUGAAGGGAUCUCAUGCAGGAGGUCCAGUACAUAGAAGACUGGGCUUCAAACUAUCCCACCACUCCUGGAUCACACAUUAGCUGUCAUUCCUCUGGAGCGUAUGGAGUUAUGUUGAAGGCACACAGGACAUGUGUUUUAUUCUUUUCGUAUCUUUUAUAAACUAUGAGGGUAUGGGGGAUAUUUUUGUUGUGAUAACUUACGGUGGUACAAAAUAGUUUCGUUUUUUGUUAGUCUAAUGAAUACACUAUUUAUAGUAACAAACGAGCGUUCCAACUCUGCUUCGCCGACUAACAUGCUCACACUUUUCUUUUUUGCCAAAAAUGUGGGCCUGGAAAAUAUAUGUGGGUUGCAUGAAAACAGACUAAAGGACCAAAAGCUGGCCCCCACAUUAGACGAUAACCGCUUGGCGAGAAAAAAAAUCUUAGUAGCUGGCACGCUCCUCCCUUCGACCUUCAUGGGUUCCAGGCUUCAGCCUUCCCCGACGUGAAGGUCGGUAGGAAGGAGAGGCUGUAGUCCUUGUUGGUACUGUUUGGAACUGAUGGAAGGUCUGAGGUCUUUGAAAGACUGAGGUCUUUCAAAGGAUGAACUGCUCCUUUAAACAAGAGAACUCCACAGAGGCAGCUCACUGCCUGGACACCACAGCUCUAACUUACAUUAUCAACAUUACUGGGUGUCUUAGCGACGGGCUAGGGUUGUUUUUUUUUUGUAUUCUCACUAGUACGUGUCACCUCACACUUUGGUGGAUUUGAUUUCUUAUUUUUUUAUAUACCUUUCACAAAUGAUUGAAUAUACUGUAGUUAGACAAGGUUCACGCUGUGAGUGCCUGUGAACACACUCGUCUUUGAAAUGUUUUUACAUUUCAAAUGCUGAGACGCUGAAUGGCUUUUGUAUUUGUCUCCACUAACACCUGCCUAAGUCAGUGGGCCGACACUAGGGGGGGGUCAUGUUUUCCUGCACAGGCUGCACUUCUCACCUGCCCCCCCCCCCCCCCACACCUGCCCCCCAGAUAUAUAAAUAUGUACAUAUAUGAACAGACAGUCCUGCUGUAACAUGGACUAAGACUAUAAAGCUACCAAAAUGUUCUUAAUGACUUGAAUUGUUCUUGGAUCAAACCACUGUCUUGAUCGUUUUCAUUGUUACUUAUUUAUUUCAUUUCCGGCAUUUUGGGGCUUUUGCUGAAAGGAAAAUGUGUCUGGUUUGUUACAUUUUGAAAUGUUCUGAAAUGUUACAUGUUUUCAGUAGCAGAAUCAGUGAAUGACUGCUUCUUUCACCACUAGUUUGCUGUAUGAUUUGAGAAUAAAAAAAAUUAUGAUUCAGUCAACACUGUGCAUAGUUGCUUGGGGAUGUGUGUGUGUGUGUUAAAAAUAAACAGUAUG